AUGGAGUAUAUGUCGGCAUUGCAGAACAAUUUUGACGAUUUCAAGCCGUCGCUCUUUGAACUCCUAUCGGAACAACAGCUCUCCUCUCUCCUCCCUCCCUCUCUACGUUAUCUCCUCGCAGUCGCUACUCACAGGCAUCCCCGAUACCUCCUCCGGAUAUUAAACUCUUACGACGAACUCUACGCUCUGGUGUCGCUACUUGUCGAAGGGUAUUACCUACGAAACUUUGGCGGUUCGUUCACAGAGAACUUCUAUUCUUUGAAACGCGAGCGCGUACUAGCAUUAAGAGAUGGUGAGGUCCCUCGCGCUCAGCUUGGGGCUGGUGGCCCCGUUCGAGAGACAUUAAAACUGCGCGAAUCGGAUAUAUGGCGAAACCUGGUGGUUAUGGUUGGCAUACCGUACUUGAAGCGCAAGCUUGACGAAGGAUAUGACAUACACGCCGCUCCACAUGCCGCACUCGUCUCAGGGCUGGGAGGAGGCCCACGGUAUCAUCCAUCAGAUGAUAUGCCUCAUAACCCGACAAUAAAGCAACGGCUAUUGUUUUAUUAUAAGUGGUUUUUGAGAAACGUUUACCCCUCAAUAAACGGAGCCUAUUACUUUUCAAUAUUGGCAUUUAACCUAGCUUACCUAUUUGAUAACACCAAAUACUCGUCUCCGUUUUUAUGGCUGAUUGGGACACGGAUCAGGAGGUUGAGCCCAGCAGAUCAUAAGGCUAUUGCGAUGGCAACGGCGGCGAAUACACCGCACACAGGCAGUGCCGCGGCACGAUCACGGCCACGAUCGAGUGCUUUUAGUCUUAUAAACCCAGAAGUGAUUUAUCCUCAUCUGCUAGGCUCGCUUAAAGUCCUCUUGCCAGCAUCAAUUUUUGCCCUCAAAUUCCUUGAAUGGUGGCAUGCGAGCGAUUUCUCAAGGCAAUUAGCCAAACAGGCAACCCAAUCCAUCGAACUUCCAGCUCCGGUGGUAACUGGAAUACCCCCCUCAAAAUCAACUGCGAUAGAACCUACCGCAGUAAGCGAGAAAUCCGCAUUGGAAGGAUCGAACAAACAAAGGCAAACCCGUACCAAAUCCCCAGUAUCAUCGAUAACCCUACUGCCAAUUUUUACCGUUCCAAUACCCCCCGUUGAUCAAGAUACUUCCCAAGCCCCAUGCCCAAUAUGCCUUAACUUACUCAUCAACCCUACUGCUUGCCAAACCGGAUACGUGUAUUGCUACACCUGCAUAUUUAAAUGGCUGAACGGUGAACAUGAUCGUCAAAUUGACUUCAUGAAUGGGGCUGGGGAUGGCGCUGCCUGGGAAGACGAUGCUAAAAACAACCGUGAGAGUGAGAAAGGUGACAGGGGCGAGAAGGCGAGGAGUAGGGAAGGGAGCUGGGAGAAUGGAAAAGGGCGGUGUCCAAUUACCGGAAGAAGGGUUCUUGGUGGAACAGACGGACUACGGAGAGUACUUGUUUAG